AUGGCAUCGGACUUUGCGAAGACGUCCCUUCCUGGCGACGUUGUCAAUGACGUUCUCAACUUGUGCGCCAGGCAAAACGUCAGCGAAGAAACAUUCUUCAUCACCGCAUGGUCUUACACUAUCGCCAUCUACAAUGCCGCUUCUCUUGUCACAACAAAUGUAAUCAUAGAUGGCAAGCAGAACAAGUUUGUAACAGAUUUUGGCUCAGGAAUGACAAUCUUGGAAGCUUGCUCAGCUUUGCAUUGCACAAAGAUAUGCUCGGACACAGAUUCCGAACACUCCCCCCACAGUUCCACGCGAGGAGGCGAACUUCACGACGACCCAAGCACGAUUCUGUUUGCUCAAAAUGGGACUUUCGACCUCGAUUCAGAAAUUGGCAAACAAGGAGUUUUGCCCAGUAUCGUCAUUGAUGUUCAACACCGCAUCGCUCUACACUACAUUCCUCAUUUUGUAUCUGCUCUGUCAGCUGAUGCUUUCCUGGAGACUUUCACUACCAUCAUCGGACAGUUCGCAACUCUUCCUCACGACAAAUUACUCGGCGAAGUCAACGUACUCGGCCCCUUGAACCGCGAAAGACUUGAAAGCUGGAGCCCUUGCUACAUCCCAGCUGUCGAGCGUUGUGUUCAUGACUAUGUUGACGAGCAUGCAAGCAACACUCCUUGGAAGGAGGCUGUGGUUGCUAGUGAGGGCCCCAUCUUCACAUAUUCCCAGCUCUCGACACUCUCCAGCAGGUUGGCGAGAUACCUCAUAAACAAUGGUAUCAACAAAGGGGAUAUUAUUCCGAUUCUGUUUGAGAAGUCUUCCUUUGCAGUUUUGGCCAUCGUCGCUAUUCUCAAAGCGGGAGGUGCCUAUGUUGGGUUCAGUGCCGAGACACCCAUCAACUUUCUAAGAGAAUGUUCAUCCAUUGCGAACGCUCCGCUCAUUAUCACGAGUAAUCAUCACGAGGACCUCGUUCGGAAGGUUAGCUCCCGGGCGCUAGUACUGGGCCAAGCAUUCGUUGAGGGCCUGGAGAACUCAACAGAUGAUGAGCGCUUCUCAUCUCCCGCUCGUCCAUCAGACCUAGCCUAUCUGGUAUUUACAUCAGGAUCUACUGGUACCCCCAAGGCCGUCAUGACGGAACACAGAGCCUACGUCACGGACGCCCUUGCACAACAAAAGGCUGCUCUACUCAAUCCUUCAUCCCGAGUGCUUCACUUCGCCUCAUACAAUUUUGACGCCACCAACUUCGACGUGCUCACCACUCUCAUUGCCGGCGGCACAAUCUGCGUUCCUACCGAGUUCGAUCGCAUCAACCGCCUCGCCGGAGCCAUCAACUAUCUUGGCGCCAACUUCCUCGGCGUUACAGCCACCCUCGCACAUAUCCUCGACCCAGAAGAUGUGCCAGGUCUGAAAACUGUCAUUCUAUGCGGCGAAGCCAACAGUCCCGAAACCGUCGAGAAGUGGACUCGGUCUGGAGCCGAUGUCAUUAACGGCUACGGACCUUCGGAGGCGUCAUGCGCAUUCUCGUACAAUAUCUAUACUCGUCAAUCCCCGCGAGCUAAUAACAUUGGACGUGCGCUCGAUGGAGCUUGUUGGGGAUGGGUUGUGAACCCAGAGAAUCACAAUCAGCUACUGCCUAUUGGGGCCAAGGGAGAGCUACUGAUUCAAGGACCAACGUUGAGCAGGGGCUAUCUGAAUGAGCCAGAGAAAACCGCAAAGAAGUUCAUUGAAAGCCCUGAGUGGCUACCAGGGAAAGUCACCAUCAGCAUGCAAAGGCUUUACAAGACAGGAGACCUUGUGCGACAGCUCCCAGAUCAGUCUUUCGAGGUGUUUGGGCGUAUCGACACGCAAGUCAAGCUGAAUGGUCAGCGCAUCGAGCUUGGCGAGAUUGAGCACAAAGUUAGUCUACUUCUUGGGGGCGACUGUACAGUCGCGGUGGAGGCAGUACAUUUGACCGGCGGAGAAGAGACUGCCUCAAAAGUUCUGAUCGCAUUCUACGCAAUGAACGUAGGAGGCAACGGAAAGGAUGCUACGCCGCUGGACAUUGUCAACGAUAGUGAGUCUGAGCUCAUUGACGUCCAAAGCAUCAAGAAGAAGCUGGCAAACGACCUCAAAGCCAUUGCCAUUCCCCAAGCAUUUAUCCCACUUCUAAAGAUGCCUGUCACUAGUCAAGGCAAACUAGACCGUAAGUGUCUGCAGAAAAUUGGCAGUCAACUCGAUAAGCCUAGGUUGGCUGCUUUCUCUGGGGUCACUUUUCGUGUAGAGGAUGAACCUCCGAUGGACGACUUUGAGACGAUACUCUGCGAGCUGUUUGCACAAUCACUCGGCUUGAGUAAACAUGAAAUAUGUCGGCAGUCAGAUUUCUCUUCCAUGGGCGGUGAUUCUCUCAAAGCCAUCAAACUGGUAUCUUUGGCCAGGAAGCUUGGUUUCAGUCUCUCGGUACCGGACAUCCUCCAAACACCAAGACUGUUCCAACUCGCCGAUUUCCUGCGAAGGUCCACUCAGAAUCAUGAGUCGAGGUGCUCGUAUCAGCCAUUCAGCAACAUUGCAAGCCGGACCACACUCGACGAAAUUCAAAAGAUCGCUAUGAACGCGUCUGUCUCGCCUGAAAUUGAAGACAUUGUCCAGGCCACAGAUCUCCAAGCGAGCUGCGUCGCUUUCUCUACCUUCAGUGAAGAGCGCCGCGGAAUCAACUGGCUCAUAUGCGACUUUGACGAGCCCCACAACGAGAUAGCAUCAGACUCCACCCUACGAACCUUUUUUGUGCCACACAGGCGAACCCUGUACCAAGCUGUAUCCAAGUCCUUUCGUCCCCCGACGAGAGCUCACCUGAACCUUGACAACAUUGAGCAUGCCACCAACACACUCAUCGAGAACGAUUUCAAGGACAGACAAGUUGAGAUGACUUGCCCUCAGACGGCCUUUGAGCUCCUCUCUAUCCAUGACUCCACCAAGAUCCAGCGUCUCCUCAUCCGCAUUUCUGCAGCUCAAUAUGAUGGUCACUCCGUGUCAAUUUUGAGCCGCGAAAUGAGGUCUCUACUCAACGGAUGCCAGCUCCCUGAGCUUAAAGGAAGCUAUCAAGCAUACCUUCAUUACGCUCGGACUAUUGAGUUAGACGAAGGCAUUGAAUACUGGAGAUCACUUCUUCAUGGCGCGGAGAUGACUCAGCUUGUCAGUCACAAGGGUUCCAGCCAUGACGUCCCGUCGGGUCUGAACUUUGUGGAUGGUGUGCUCCUCAGCAUGAUCGACAGUCGCUUGCUUGAGUCUUGUUGCAUUGGCGCCAGAAGCAGCAACACCUUCGGCGGCAACACCAAAGGUGCAAUUGUCAAAACGGCCUGGGCGCUCACUCUUGCUGAACUGACUGGCAAAGACGAUGUUGUCUUCGGCUCAACAGGCUGGGGCCGCAAUCACUCCGUGGAGUUCGCAGAGGAUGUGAUGGGUUCGUGCACUUCACACAUCCCCACGCGCCUACGAAUCACUACGUCAGCCACCGGCAAUAGUCCCAGAGUCACAUACGGAGAUCUGGUCGAGCAACUACAGACGCAGCACAUAGCUUCCAUGCGAUACGAGAACAUUGGGGCGAAUACGAUAGUGGAGAAGUGCACAGCCUGGAAGCGGUGGACGCGGUUUUCGUCACUGCUGGUUUUCCAGGGGUUAGACAUCGGAACUCCGCAAACUUGCAGUGAAGAUGGUGAAGUUGCUUCGACGAUGAGGUUCAUAGAGAUCAUGGACCCGGGCGAUCGAGCGGACGUGAUCGUUCACGUAGAGCCUUUCGGAGAUCAGACACGAGUCAUGAUGGCUUUCGCAAAAGCGUGUCUGCCCGAAGACGUGGCUGGCGUGAUGAUGUCGACAUUUAAACAGUACUUGAAGCUGGUUACUCAGUUUCCCGAUCAGCCUGUUCCUCUGGAUAAAGGCGACUUGUCCCCGUUGUUGCCAAUUAUCUGUGAGAGCGCCGCGAUCAGGCGCACUCUGGAUGUUGUAAUCAGCUCGUGGGCUGAAGAUGCUGUCAAAGAGGUUUGGAUGAAGGUUCUUGAUGUGGAUGAUGGCGAGUUCGGCAUGAUGAGGGAGGGUAGCAGGUCGUUCCUUGAGGUCUGGGGCAAUUCAGUGUCAGCGGCGGCUCUUGCUCAUGAGUACAGGUCAAGGGGCUUCGCAGUUUCCACGGAGGACAUGUUGCGGCAUCAGAUGGCAUUUGAGCAAAUGCAGAUGGUUUCAAUGAUGAUUGACGGAAAGUAG